CCCAAAUAGGGUUUCAACCCAGCAUCAUAUUCUUCUUCGUUUCCCUUUGAACCUCCACAUAAAUAACUUCUAAAAGCUAGGGUUUUGAGCCUCCACAAUCAGCAACCACACGGCAGUCUCAGUUCUGCCACCAAAAUGCCAAAACAAAUUCAUGAGAUCAAAGACUUCCUUCUCACUGCUAGAAGGAAGGAUGCUCGUUCUGUGAAAAUUAAGAGGAGCAAAGAUGUGGUGAAGUUCAAAGUUCGAUGCUCCAAAUAUCUUUAUACUCUUUGUGUUUUUGACUCUGAGAAGGCAGACAAGUUGAAGCAAUCUCUUCCACCAGGUCUGAGUGUGCAAGAUCUGUGAAAGAAUGGUUCGAGUUUCUCGUGAUCACGAGUGAGGACUAGAUUUUUUAUCGGUGUUUUUCCCAACUAUUUAGCAUAUGUUUAAAUUGCAUUUGAGCUUGUAGUAAUCUAUACCGUCUUCAUUUUCUAGGGGAUUGGUUAGAAUUUAGAAUUGAUAUGUUCGAAUUUAUCAUGUGGGUGAACGCAGUUGAUGUCUCAGUAAGGGCUGUUUGUUGUCGGAAUGAGAUGGAAAUGAGAUGGAUUUGGAAUGGAAUGUAAUCCAAAAUCCAUGUUUGGAUUGAGUGUUUUGGGUUCGAUUUGUAAUAUUAAAUUCAUUCCGUUCUCUUAGUUUUUAUGCUUCACGAUUCCAUUCCUGUUU